AUGUUCCCGAUUGUGUCGUCAAUAAUUUUAAUGGCAUCUUUACAAAGAAUAACAAAAUCAAUAAUAUAUUGUUUUUUAAAUAUAAUAUCAAAGUUGAAAAUUUUUAAAAAUUUAAAAAUUUCAGGCUUAGAUAGAAUACAUGAAUAUCAACGUUACGAUGGAUGGUUCAAUAAUUUGGCCAAUCCUCAAUGGGGAACUGUUGGUGCGCAUUUGCAUCGUGAAGCACCUAGUCGAUAUCGCGAUGGUGUUUAUAUGCUCAACGAUGAUUUACCUUCAGCACGAGCAAUAUCAGAUUUGGUUUUUAAAGGGCCAUCUGGAAUUCCAAACAAACGAAACAUCACUACAAUGGCUGCCUUUUUUAGUCAAGUAAUCGCAUAUGAAAUAAUGCAAUCGACACAAAUCAGCUGUCCACUUGAAAUGCAUAAAAUUCCGGUUCCACAAUGUGAUUCUAUUUUUGAUUUGAAUUGCGAGGGCAAAACCGAAAUGCCAUUUAUACGAGCAAAAUAUGAUAAAGAAACUGGACAUGGCUUCAAUUCACCUCGUGAACAGAUCAAUGAGCAAACAAGUUGGAUUGAUGGCUCUUUCUUAUAUAGCACGCAAGAACCUUGGGUUGCUGCUUUACGUUCAUGGAGAAAUGGCACAUUAGCUGAAGGACUAAUGAUUGGCUAUCCACCUCUCAAUGGUCCACAUAUACCCCUAAAUAAUCCUGCACCACCACAAAUUCAUCGCCUUAUGAAUCCAGAACGAUUAUUCAUGUUGGGCGAUUCUCGUACUAAUGAGAACCCUGGUUUGCUAAGCCUCGGUCUUAUUCUAUAUAGAUGGCACAAUAAAUUAGCCCAAUAUAUACAGCAACAAAAUCCUGACUGGACCGAUGAAGAAAUUUUUCAGGCAGCACGUCGAUGGGUAAUAGCAACCCUUCAAAAAAUAACAAUUUACGACUUCUUGCCUGUUUUUUUAGCAGAUUUGCACAAAGUACCACCAUAUAAAAAGUAUCGUCCAUAUGUGCCUCCAGGAAUAUCUCACGCUUUUGCCACAGCUGCAUUUCGAUUUCCACACACUUUCAUACCGCCUGGAUUGCUAUUCAGGAAGAAUGGGGAAGGAAAGUGCGAGUUUCGUUCAGAAAUCGGCGGUUAUCCAGCUUUGAGGCUUUGCCAAAAUUGGUGGAAUGCUCAAGAUAUUGUUCAAGAAUAUUCUGUUGACGAAAUCAUUUCAGGCAUGGCAUCACAGAUUGCCGAGGGAGAAGAUAACAUAGUCGUUGAAGAUUUAAGAGAUUUUGUAUUUGGUCCGAUGCAUUUUACUCGCCUUGAUGUUGUCUCAAGUACGAUAAUGAGAGGUCGAGAUAACGGUUUGCCUCCAUAUAAUGAAAUUAGAAAAAUAUUUAAUUUACCUGCCAGAAAUUGGUCAACAAUUAAUCCAAAAAAAUAUACCGAAAAUCCUAAGUUAUUCCAAGACUUAGCCAAGCUUUACAAAGGUGAUAUUUCACAGUUGGAUGCGUAUGUCGGAGGAAUUUUGGAAACGAAUGAUGAGGGACCCGGCGAACUAUUCGCUGCUAUUAUUUUUGAUCAGUUUUUGAGAUUACGCGAUGGUGAUCGAUUUUGGUUCGAAAAUACGCUGAAUGGAUUAUUUACAAGUGAUGAGAUUGCAUAUAUACAUAAAAUAACGUUACGAGAUAUCAUUCUUGAAACAACUUCAAUUGAUAAAAAAGAUUUACAAGAAAAUGUGUUUUAUUGGAAGGAUGGUGAUCCAUGUAGGCAGCCAUUUCAAGUUAAUACUACUGGACUUGAACCAUGUGUACCUUUCAUGAGAUUUGAUCAUUUUACAGGAAAUGAAGUCACGUAUAUUUUCUCAUGCAUCGCGCUUGGAAUUAUUCCAUUAGUUUGUGCUGGAAUUGGAUAUCUGCUGAUACAAAAAAGGAAGAAAAUGGGCACCGAGACUAUAAGCAAUUCCAAAAAAUUAUUUACAAGUCAAGAGGAUAAUUUUGAAACCAACUAUACUUCAGAUAAUGGUAAAAAAUAUCGAAUAAAAAUUCAAGCAAUUGAAUGGAUCGCUGAAAAUUACUCCAGAUCUGUUUUUCUUAUCGUAGACAAUAAACCGUCGAUUCGCGUCGAAAAACCUCGCGGAGGUCUUUUGCGAAUUUUAGAAUUGAGCGAUUUUACGGAACUUGAUGUAACAGUUUCGGAACCAGGAUCGUCAGCUCAAGGGCCAUUCGUAUUAAUCUCUCUUCCGAAACAUUAUGAUCUGGUAGUUCGCCUUCGGAAUGAUUGCCAGUGCGCUCAAUUUUUAUAUGCUUUGGAUCGUUGUAUCGCAAAAUUUGGUAAAAGGUUAUACGUAAAAUAUUCCUUGAAUGGAAAAAUAUUAGAAUCUGCCGAAACUCGAGAGAAGCGACAAUUAAAACUUGACUUAUUUUUCCGAGAAGCAUAUUCAAAAGCAUUUGAUGUAGCACGGUUAUCAGAUGGUACGAAUAUCAUCGACUCAGUUUCGAGGGAAAUAUUAGAAAUGACUGUGACUAAAUCGGAAUUAGCUGACGCUCUAGGAAUGCGAGAAAAUGACUUAUUUGUUGAACGAAUGUUCAGUUGUAUGGCGAAGAACAAUCCAAAUCGAGUUAACUUUCAAGAGUUUCUUAGUGUUAUCAGUCGAUUUGCUAAUGGAACAUUACGUGAUAAACUCGAAUUGUUAUUUGAUAUGUGUGAUCGAAAUGGAAAUGGUUGCGUUGAACGUCGCGAAUUUUGCAAUUUUGUCAAAUCGUUGAACAUCGCUGUUGGUGUUCAAAUUAAAGAAACUGUGCAAAAUGCUGUUAUUGAUGAGGUAUUGCGAAAAUCCGGCAUUUUUUCUGAUUCUUCUAUUCUAACUUAUAACGACUUCGCAGCGAUAUUUAAUAAUAUCAAUGAAAAUGGGCGGCCAGUUGGUGUACAUAUGCGUGGAGCCAAACUUCAGAUUAACCUUCAUGAAACAGAGAGUAUGAAUAGUUUCGCUUUCGCUAUAAAUUCCGAAGAAUUUGGUUGCAUACAUAUUAACUGGAUAUAUCAAAUACAAUCUUAUUUAGAAAGCUAUCGUCAACACAUCGUUAUUAUAUUUUUAUUCAUUGCAGUUAAUUUGCUAGUAUUUUUCGAAAGAUUUUGGCAUUAUCGCUAUGAAACAGAACAUCGAGAUCUGCGCCGUGUUAUGGGCGUUGGGAUUGCAAUUACUCGAGGUGCAGCUGCAUCAUUAUCAUUUUGCAUGGGAUUGAUUCUAUUGACUGUAUGUCGUAAUGUUAUAACAGUUAUACGAGAAACUCCACUCAACGAAUAUAUUCCAUUUGAUUCAGCGAUUACUUUCCAUAAGAUAGUUGCUAUAUUUGCUGGAAUUUGGGCUACAAUACAUACAGUUGGCCAUUGUAUUAACUUUUAUCAUGUCGCUACACAAAGCCAAGAAGGUCUUCAAUGUCUUUUUCGAGAAGCUGUUUUCGGGUCGAAUUUUUUGCCAUCUAUAAGUUAUUGGUUUUAUGGGACGCUGACUGGUAUAACUGGAAUCAUGUUGGUUGCGAUCAUGAGUAUCAUUUAUGUAUUUUCAGCUCCAGCAGUCAUGAAGCAAGCUUAUCAUGCAUUUAGAAUAACGCAUUUACUCAAUGUUCUCCUUUAUGCACUUACCAUUCUUCACGGUCUUCCGAAAUUAUUAGAUUCUCCAAAAUUCAUAUACUAUGUGAUUGGCCCAAUUUUUAUUUUCAUAAUCGAUCGAAUAAUUGGAAUGCGACAGCAAUAUAAAAAGUUGCAAAUUCUGGAUGCGGCUAUUUUGCCUUCAGAUAUUAUUUAUGUACAAUUCAAGCGACCUCAUUCGUUUCAUUUUCGUUCUGGGCAAUGGGUUCAUAUAUCUUGUCCAGCUUUUUCUUGUACAUUCAAUGAAUCUCACGCAUUUUCACUAGCAUCUGCACCACAAGAUCCAACUCUUGAAUUAUACAUAAAAGCAGUCGGUCCUUGGACUUGGAAUUUACGAAGUGAGAUUAUCUUCGCUCAGUCGCAUUCGACAGCAUAUCCAGUUUUGCAUCUAAAAGGACCUUAUGGAGAUGGAAACCAAGAUUGGCACCAUUUUGAAGUGGCAGUGCUAAUUGGCGGUGGAAUCGGUGUAACUCCGUAUGCCUCAAUUCUUUUAGAUUUCAUGCAGGAGAAAUCAUCAGAUAAGCAUACAGCCAUAAAAUGCAAGAAGGUCUAUUUCGUUUGGGUAUGUUCAACACAUAAAAAUUACGAAUGGUUUAUUGAUGUUUUACGAUCAGUUGAAGAUAAGGAUAGGGGAAAUAUCCUCGAAAUACACAUAUUUGUCACUCAAUUCUUCCACAAAUUUGAUUUGCGAACAACUAUGCUCUAUAUAUGUGAAAAGCAUUUUCGCGCUGGAAGCGAUGGUCGUAGCAUGUUCACUGGGCUUAGAGCUAUUAAUCAUUUUGGAAGGCCUGACUUUGCCGCUUUCUUCAAAUUCAUCCAAAAUAAGCAUAAAAAUACGGCAGAAAUCGGUGUAUUCAGCUGUGGUCCUGAUUCAAUUAAUAAACAAAUCCGAUCUUCAUGUACUGAAGUGAAUAAGUUGCGCAAUGCUGCUUUAUUCUAUCAUCGUUUUGAGACGUUUUAG